AUGGCGUGGGUGCAUGUCGGACUAAACCCCGAACAACUCGGUUCUGCCCCACGAGGCAGAAUAUGCCCUCCACAACAACCCAAAGUAGGCUUGUUAAUUAUGGAGCGAUAUUUUAAAAAAAUAUCGGAUGCUACUAAGCCAAUAAUUCCACCAAGAAAUCAAGCAGAGAAAUUAAAUGUUGAGGUGGAAUCAAGCGAUCAACCUACUAUUCAUGUUUCACCGAUACCAAUUGAGAUGGAGAUUGAUUUAGAUAACCUUCCUAGCGAUCCUGGAUUACGACCAAAUAUAAUGAGUUAUUCAUCUGACGUGAGAGAUCAAGUUCGUAGAGAAUAUUUAUUAAAAGGACCAUGUCAGCCGCGACAACAUAUUUUUCCUCAAAGGAUGGAUGGAAAUCGAAAGCGUAAAUUUAUUGUCACUUGGUUUGACGAAUUCAAGCCUUGGUUGGAAUAUAGUAUCGCAAAAGAUGCUGCAUUUUGUUUAUAUUGUUAUCUUUUCUCAGCUGGCCGCAGCGAAAGGGGCCAUGAUGCUUUUGUAACAGAAGGUUUCAAUGCCUGGCGCAAGAAGGAAAGGUUGACUUGCCAAAAUUUAAUGAAUCAAGCUCAGCACAUUGAGGUAUGUUUUUCUAAACAAUCCGAACAAGCAAAGCUUGAUUAUCGUUGUAGAUUGAAUGCAUCGAUUAUUUGUCUACGCUACCUUAUGAUGCAAGGAUUGGCUUUUAGAGGGAAUGAUGAAACUGAAAACUCACUGAAUCAAGGGAAUUUUAUCAAGCUUCUAAAAGUUAUUGCUUCAUGCAAUGAGGAUAUCAAUAAAGUUGUUUUAAGUAAUGCUCCUGAUAAUCUUAAACUUACAGCUCCUCAUAUUCAGAAAGAUAUUAUCAAUGCAGCUGCAAUCGAGAUAACAAAUGUUAUAAUUGAAGACAUUGGGAAUAAUUUUUUUUCUAUUCUAGUUGAUGAGUGUCGAGAUGUAUCAAUUAAAGAGCAAAUGGGAAUCGUUAUUCGGUAUGUCAACAAAAGUGGAUGUAUUAUUGAACGUUUUCUUGGCCUUGUGCAUGUUAAUGACACAAGUGCUGCAUCACUUAAGAAAGGCAUCGAUUCUUUGUUUUCCACAUAUGGCUUGAGCAUAUCUAGUUUGAGAGGUCAAGGUUACGAUGGAGCCAGUAAUAUGCGAGGAGAAUUUAAUGGGCUUAAAAGUUUGAUACUAAAAGAGAACUCACAAGCUUAUUAUAUACAUUGUUUUGCUCACCAGCUUCAACUUACACUUGUUGCUGUUGCUAAAAACCAUGUAAGUGUUAGUUCUUUUUUUAAUACUGUUGCACGUUUGUGUAAUGAUGUUAGUGGUUCUUGUAAGCGUAUGGAUAUGCUUCGAGAGAAGCAAUUGGAGAAGAUUCUUCAAGGAAUAGAAAACGAUGAAAUCAUGACUGGAAGGGGUCUUAAUCAGCAAAGGUCAUUGAAAAGACCGUCAGAUACUCGUUGGAGUUCCCAUUAUGGUACACUAAUGAACCUUAUACAUCUUUUUUCUUCGAUCACCGAUGUUCUUGAAUAUAUUGGAGAAAAUGUUAAAGAUGAUCCACAAAAGGCUGAAGCAGUUGAUUUGUUAGAUAUUAUAACUCGUUUUUAA